AUGGCCGUCUCUGUGGACUCCUCUUGGUGGCGAUGGCGGCGGUGGGCCCAGGGUGGCCGCCUCGGGUCUCCGUCGGAAGCCACCCCGCUGCUGGAUUCCCCGGGGAGGCGGCACUACGGCCCGGCACAGCGGCGGGUGGUGCUCCCCAACAACAGCGUGCGUCACCGCGACUGGGAGAGAGUCUGCGGCGGCUACUCCAGCAACGCCAUCCGCACCACCCGAUACACCCUCCUCAGCUUCCUGCCCCGCUCGCUGUGGGAGCAGUUCCACAGGUGGGCAAACCUCUACUUCCUGCUCCUGGUGGUCCUGAACUGGGUGCCCGCCGUGGAGGUGUUCCACCGGGAGCUCACCGCGCUGCCGCUGGCCGUCGUCUUGCUCAUCAUCACGGUCAAGGACGGCGUGGAGGACGUGAAGAGGCACCGCUUCGACAGGGAGAUGAACGGCGCCCGCACCCGGGUCUACCAGAGGCUGGAGCAAGGCUACGUGACGCAGCGCUGGAAGGACGUGCGCGUGGGGGACUUCGUCCAGAUGCGCUGCAACGAGAUCAUCCCAGCAGACGUCCUGCUCCUCUUCUCCUCCGACCCCAGCGGCAUCUGCUACCUGGAGACCGCCAACCUGGACGGAGAGACAAACCUCAAGCAGAGACGUGUGGUGAAGGGCUUCUCGCAGCAGGAUGUCCAGUUUCAACCAGAGCGUUUCUGCAGUACAAUCGUGUGCGAGAAACCCAACAGCCACCUGAACAAGUUUAAAGGUUAUAUGGAGCAUCCUGACCAGACCAGGACCGGCUUUGGCAGCGAGAGCCUGCUGCUGCGCGGCUGCACCGUCAGGAACACGGAGGUGGCCGCGGGCAUCGUCAUCUACGCGGGCCAUGAAACCAAAGCCAUGCUGAACAACAGCGGGCCCCGGUACAAGCGCAGCAAGGUGGAGCGGCGCAUGAACCUGCACAUCUUCUUCUGCGUCGGCCUGCUCUUCCUCAUGUGCCUCACCGGAGCCAUAGGUCACAGCCUCUGGAACGGGACCUUUAAAGAACCGCCUCCCUUCGACGUGCCCGACGCCAGCGGGAGCUUCCCCCCUCCGGUGCUCGGGGGGUUCUACAUGUUUCUCACCAUGAUCAUCCUGCUCCAGAUCCUCAUCCCCAUCUCGCUGUACGUGUCCAUCGAGCUGGUGAAGCUCGGCCAGAUCUUCUUCCUGCACCUCGACCUGGACCUGCGCGACGGGGGCGCGGGCGGCCUGCAGUGCCGCGCCCUCAACAUCACCGAGGACCUGGGCCAGAUCCGCCACGUCUUCUCCGACAAGACCGGCACGCUCACCGAGAACAAGAUGGUGUUCCGCCGCUGCACCAUCGCGGGCGCCGAGUACCGCCACCACGAAAACGCCAAGCGACUGGAGACGCCGAAGGAGCCGGACUCGGACCCCGAAGAGUGGGCCCAGUACCACAGCCUGUCGUUCCCCCCGAGGGCAGCCCCGAGAGGGCAGGACGGCGCCCAGCCCCCGAGGAGCCAGAGCGCCCGCGUGCCGCUGCAGGGCCACCGCCGGGACAGCCCGCAGCCCCCCGUGGCCUUCAGCAGCUCCAUCGAGAAAGACGUGAUUCCAGAUAGAAGCCUCCUGAGCAAGGCGCAGGACGCGGCCCUGUGGCUGGAGUCCCCGGCCGAGGCCAGGCCGGCCCGGCCCGCGCCCGCCAGCGCCGCCAUCGCCGACUUCUUCCUCGCCCUGACCCUCUGCAACUCCGUCAUGGUGUCCACCACCACCCAGCCCAGGCGGAGGGUCACCCUCCCGCCCUCCUCCAAGGCGCUGGGCACCUCCCUGGAGAAGAUCCAGCAGCUGCUGCAGAGGCUGAAGCUCUUGGGGCUCAGCCAGUCCUUCUCCUCCACCGCGCCCUCCGACACGGACCUGGGGGACAGCCUGGGGCCCCACCUGCCCACCGCGGACUCGGAGGAGAAAGACGGGGCGUCGGUGUGCAGGGGGGACUCCUCCUCGGACUGCGGCUACCGGAGCAGCGUGUGGAGCAGGGGGACGGCCUGGGGUCCAGCUGGGGGCCCCUCCCUGGAGGAGGGGGGGCUGGACACCCCGGGGCUCGGCCUGACCGCCUGCGAGCUGUGCUACGAGGCCGAGAGCCCCGACGAGGCCGCCCUGGUCCACGCCGCCCGCGCCUACAGCUUCACGCUGGUGUCCCGCACACCCGAGCAGGUGACCGUGUGCCUGCCCCAGGGCACCUGCCUCACCUUUGACCUCCUCUACACCCUGGGCUUCGACUCCGUCAGGAAGAGGAUGUCCGUGGUGGUCCGGCACCCGCUGACCGGGGAGAUCACCGUCUACACCAAGGGCGCCGACUCGGUCAUCAUGGAUCUGCUGGAAGACCCCGCCCGCGCGACUGAUGUGAAUGAGGAAAAGAGGCUGAAGAAAAUCCGAAUCCGGACCCAGAACCACCUGGACCUGUAUUCCCGAGACGGCCUGAGAACCUUGUGCAUCGCCAAGAAGGUCCUUCGCGAAGAGGACUUCCGGAGGUGGGCCAGCUUCCGGCGUGCCGAGGCCUCCCUGGACAACCGGGACGAGCGUCUGAUGGAGACCGCGCAGCACCUGGAGAAUCGGCUCACCUUGCUGGGAGCGACGGGCGUCGAGGACCGGCUGCAGGAGGGCGCGGCGGGCGCGGUGGCGGCGCUGCGGGCGGCGGGCAUGCGGCUGUGGGUGCUGACGGGGGACAAGCGGGAGACGGCGGUGAGCGUGGCGCACGCCUGCCGCCUGCUGCACCCGACGGACGCCGUGUACACCGUGAGCAGCGAGAGCGCGGAGACCUGCGACUCCAUCCUCACCUGUGCGCUGGAAGAGGUGAAGCGAUCGCAGGAACGGCAGCAGCCGCGCGCCGAGACCGCGUCCAUUGCCGCCGCCGCGCCGGGCGCCGCAGUCCCCCAAGUCGGACUGGUGGUGGAUGGGAAGACGCUGAACGUCAUCUUCCAGGGACACCUGGAGAAGAAGUUUCUGGAGUUGACCCAGUACUGCCGUGCUGUCCUGUGCUGCCGGUCCACCCCGCUGCAGAAGAGCAUGAUGGUCAAGCUCGUGCGGAACCACUGUGAUGUCAUGACGCUGGCCAUAGGCGACGGAGCCAACGAUGUCAGCAUGAUUCAAGCGGCCGAUGUCGGCGUCGGGAUAUCCGGACAGGAAGGCAUGCAGGCGGUCAUGUCCAGCGACUUCGCCAUCUCCCGCUUCAAGCACCUGAAGAAGCUGCUGCUCGUGCACGGACACUGGUGCUACUCGCGCCUGGCCCGGAUGGUGGUCUACUACUUCUACAAGAACGUGUGCUACGUCAAUCUGCUCUUCUGGUACCAGUUCUUCUGCGGCUUCUCGGGCUCCACCCUGAUUGAUUACUGGCAGCUGAUCUUCUUCAACCUGUUCUUCACCUCCUUGCCGCCCAUCAUCUUCGGAAUCCUCGACAAAGAUGUCUCUGCGGAAACGCUCCUGGCGUGGCCUGAACUGUACAAGAGCGGCCAGAACUCUGAGUGCUACAACCUGGCCACCUUCUGGAUCUCCAUGGUGGACGCCUUCUACCAGAGCCUCGUGUGCUUCUUCAUCCCUUACCUGACCUACCAAGACACGGACAUCGACGUCUUCACCUUCGGGACUCCGGUCAACACCGUCUCUCUCACCACAAUCCUCUUACACCAGGCCAUGGAAAUGAGGACGUGGACCGCCAUCCACGGGCUGGUCCUGGGGGGCAGCUUCCUGAUGUACUUCGCCGUGUCCCUCCUGUACAACGCCACCUGCGUCACCUGCAACAGCCCCACCAACCCCUACUGGGUGAUGGAGCGGCAGCUCUCGGACCCCACCUUCUACCUCGUGUGCCUCCUCACGCCGGCCGUGGCUCUUCUCCCCAGGUUCUUUAUCCUGUCUCUGCGCGGGACUUUCGGGAAGUCUUUGAUCUCAGUAGCUCAGAAGAUUGACAAACUCCCCGCUGACAAAAGGAGCCUGGAAAUCCAGAAGUGGCGAAGCAGACAGAGGCCCGGCCCCGCCCCCGGGGGGGCGCAGCCCACCCCCCGCCCCGCCCCGCCCGCCCCAGCGCCCCCCUCACGAAGCAGCACCCCGAAGAGCGGCAGCCCUCCCCGACGCAGGCAGAGCUACAGCAGGGAUGACGCCUGCCCCGGAGACAGCCUGGCGACGCUGUCCUCCGGGGAGCACCUCCUGGGCCCCCGCGGGAGCACCGCCCCCGGAGGGGACUCCAGGGAGCGGGGCAGCCACCGCCGAUCCCAGAGCUCGCUGACCAUAUGA